ACGGAAGUCGACGUAGGGAACUUUGACUUGCGCAGUAGCUGCUAGGGUGUAGUCGGAUAUAGUUCUUUUUCUUCUGAAGUUUAUCCAUGGCGGUGGACACAAAGCACUGAAACCGUGGAAGUUUGGGAAACAGAAAGAGGGGUGCGCGAGAGAAAGGAGAAGACUUUGGGACUGACCGAAUGCUAUUGGAAAGGAGCAGCGAGUGAACUUGUUUUCCGUAUGGUUGUAUUUGUUUCACCAAGAACGCGGUAACUGGUUUGUUACCACAAAGUUGAAAGUUUGAAGGUGUUGGGGGGAUACGUGUAGCAUUAGCUGAAGAUCACUGUUGUCUAAGAGAAUAGCCCAACUCAAAAUGCGGUCGUUUUUCAAAGUUGUAAUCUCAUUGACUUGUUUGGCUGUAUGCAGCCACGGUGCUAUGGAUGAAUGCACUGAUGAUUCGGGUCGGCCUCAGCGAUGCAUGCCAGAGUUUGUCAAUGCUGCUUUCAAUGUGACUGUAGUUGCUACCAAUACUUGUGGAUCUCCACCCGAAGAGUACUGCGUACAAACAGGGGUUACGGGGGUCACCAAGUCGUGCCACAUCUGCGAUGCCCGGGAUCGUAGUCAACACCACAGCGCUGUAUAUCUCACCGAUUACAACAACCAACAUGCCACCACCUGGUGGCAAAGUCAAACUAUGUUAGCGGGCAUCCAGUACCCUAACUCUAUCAAUUUAACUCUUCAUCUUGGUAAAUCCUUUGACAUCACCUACGUGCGUCUGAAGUUCCACACAAGCCGUCCAGAGAGCUUUGCUAUCUACAAGCGCACAACUGAGAACGGCCCAUGGCUCCCCUACCAGUAUUACAGUGGCUCCUGUGAGAAAACCUACCAGAAGACCAACAAGGGAUUCAUCCGCACAGGAGAGGAUGAGCAGCAGGCCGUGUGUACAGAUGAGUUCAGUGACAUCUCGCCCCUCACUGCUGGCAAUGUGGCCUUCUCAACCCUGGAGGGCCGCCCAAGUGCCUACAACUUUGACAACAGCCCCGUGCUUCAGGAAUGGGUGACAGCCACUGAUAUCAAGGUAACCUUGAACAGACUCAACACGUUCGGAGAUGAGGUUUUCAACGAUCCCAAGGUCCUCAAAUCCUACUACUAUGCUAUCUCUGACUUUGCAGUGGGAGGAAGGUGCAAGUGCAAUGGACACGCAAGCGAGUGUAUAAAGAAUGGUCAGGCCAAGCUGCUGUGUAACUGCAAACACAACACUGAGGGUGAUGACUGCAGUGUGUGCCAGCCCUUCUACAACGACCGUCCCUGGAGGAGGGCUACGGCUGAAAACCCCAAUGAGUGUCUACCCUGCAACUGUAACGACAAGAGCGCUGAGUGCUACUUUGACUCUGAGCUGUACCGCGCCACCGGACAUGGAGGACACUGCCGGAACUGCGCCGACAACACAGAUGGGCCCAACUGCGAGCGUUGCCUCGACAACUACUACAGAGAUGUCUCCGGCAACCGCUGCCAGUCCUGCAGCUGCAACUUUGUGGGCUCCCUGAGCACCCAGUGUGACAACACGGGACGCUGUAGCUGCAAGUCUGGGGUGACGGGAGACAAGUGUGACCGCUGUCAGCCAGGCUACCACUCACUGACCGAGGCAGGCUGCAGCCCCUGCUCCUGUAACCCUUCCGGAAGCACCCAGGAGUGUGAUGUCCAGACGGGCCAAUGCCAGUGCAAGGACAACGUGGAGGGCUUCAGCUGUGACAGGUGCAAGCUGGGCUACUUCCACCUGGACCCCCACAACCCCCAGGGCUGCACCCCAUGCUUCUGCUUCCAGCACUCCUCUGUGUGUGACAGCGCGUCCGGCUACAGCAUCCACACUGUGACCUCCACCUUCGACAGGGAUGAUGAGAAGUGGACAGGCCAACAGCGUGAUAGCUCCAGUGUUCCAGUCCAGUGGUCAGCCGGCAGCCAGGAGAUCUCCUUGAUCUCUGACGACUACUUCCCCAUGUACUUUGUUGCUUCAGAGAAGUUCCUGGGCAACCAGCUGUUGAGCUAUGGCCAGAACCUCACCCUCAACUUCCGGGUGGACAGACGAGACACGCGCCUCUCGGCCGAGGACUUGGUCCUGGAAGGCUCUGGCCUGAGAGUGGCCGUGCCCCUCAUCGCCCAGGGCAACGCCUACCCAGGAGAGAACAUGCAGACCUACGUGUUCAGGCUUCACGACAGCACUGACUACCCCUGGAGGCCAACCCUCACGCACUCCGAGUUCCAGAAGCUCCUGCACAAUCUGACUUCCAUCAAAAUUCGCGGCACCUACAGCGAGAGAAGCGCCGGCUACCUGGACGACGUUACCCUGGUGACCGCUCGCCAAGGCCCCGGCUCCCCGGCCCACUGGGUGGAGACGUGCACCUGCCCCCAAGGCUACGUGGGACAGCACUGCGAGCAGUGCGCUCUGGGAUACCGCCGCAGCAGGCCCGACCAGGGACCCUUCAGCUCCUGCGACCCCUGCAACUGCAACGGCCACAGUGAUACUUGUGACCCCAGCUCAGGAAUGUGCAGUUGCCAAGACAACACUGCAGGGCUGAGCUGUGAGAGGUGUAAGGACGGUUACUACGGAGACUCCACAGCGGGCACCUCUACUGACUGCAAGCCCUGCCCCUGCCCUGGUGGUGCCACCUGCGCUGUGGUGCCCAAGACCAAGGAGGUGGUCUGCACCAACUGUCCCACAGGGACCACAGGCAAGCGCUGUGAGCUGUGUGACGAUGGUUUCUUCGGAGACCCCCUGGGCAACAACGGUGCGGUGAGAGCAUGCCGCGCCUGCAAGUGCAGCGACAACAUCGACCCCAACGCUGUGGGGAACUGUGACCGCGAGACCGGCGAGUGUCUCAAAUGCAUCUACAACACCAACGGCUUCUUCUGCGACCGCUGCAAGACAGGCUUUUACGGAAACGCCCUGGCCCCCAUCCCGGCCGACAAGUGCAAAGCCUGCUCCUGCUCUCGCUACGGCACUGUGGACCGACAGACCAGUUGUAUGCAGGUGACAGGCCAGUGCCCCUGUCUGCCCCACGUCACCAACAGGGACUGCGGUGCCUGUGAGCAGGGCUUCUUCAACCUGCAGAGUGGUAAAGGCUGUGAACGGUGCAACUGCAAUCCUAUUGGCUCCACCAAUGGGCAGUGUGACAUCACGUCCGGGCAGUGUGAGUGCCAGCCCGGUGUCACCGGUCAGCGCUGUGAACGAUGCGAGGUCAACUUCUUUGGAUUUGGAUCAUCUGGAUGCAAACCUUGUGACUGUGACCCAGAGGGCUCCCAGACUGCUCAGUGUAAAGAAGAUGGCCGCUGCGAGUGUCGUCCAGGCUUUGUGGGAGCCAGGUGUGACAUGUGCGAGGAGAACUACUUCUACAACCGCUCCACUCCCGGCUGCCAGCAGUGUCCAUCCUGUUACUCUCUCGUGAGGGAUAAGGUGAACCAGCAGAGACAGAAACUGCAUGACCUGCAGACUCUGAUUGACAACUUGGACUCGAGCCAGGACACGGUGAGUGACAAGGCCUUCGAGGACCGUCUGAAGGAGGCAGAGAAAGCCAUCAUGGACCUGUUGGAGGAGGCCCAAACCAGCAAAGAUGUCGAUAAGGGCCUGCUGGAUCGUCUUGGCAACAUAAACAACACUCUGACCACUCAGUGGAACCGGCUGCAGAACAUAAGGAACACAGUGGACUCUACAGGCAACCAGGCUGACAAGGCCCGCAACCGGGUCAGAGAGGCGGAGAAUCUCAUCGACCGGGCCCGUGAGGAGCUGGACCGAGCCAAGGACGCCAUCAGUAAAGUGGACAUCAAAACCCCCACAAGCACUGGGGACCCCAACAAUCUGACGCUUCUGGCAGAGGAAGCUCGGAACCUGGCUGACAAGCACAAGAUAGAUGCUGACCAAAUUGAGAAAAUUGCCAAGGAUGCCAACGACACCUCCACCAAGGCCUUCAACCUGCUGAUGAAGACUCUGGAUGGCGAGAGCAAGACCGGCCAAGAUAUAGAUGAGCUUAACAAGAAGUACAAUGACGCUAAGGACCUGGCCAAGAACCUGGAGAAACAGGCAACCAAAGUACAGGCAGAAGCAGAGGAGGCUGGAAACAAGGCCCUCAAGAUCUAUGCCAAUCUGACCAGCCUCCCAACAUUUGAUACCAAGUCACUUGAGGAUGAAUCAAACAAGAUCAAGAAAGAGGCGACUGACCUGGACAAACUGAUAGACAAGACUGAGAAGGAGUACAACGACCUCAGGGACGACCUCAAGGGCAAAGAAGUAGAAGUCCGCAAGCUCCUGGAGAAGGGCAAGACAGAGCAACAGACUGCAGAUCAGCUGCUGGCCCGAGCUGAUGCUGCCAAGGCUCUGGCGGAGGAGGCGGCCAAGAAGGGAAGGUCCACCUACCAGGAGGCCCAGGACAUUCUGGCUAAUCUGAGAGACUUUGACAAGCGAGUGAACGACAACAAGACGGCCGCCGAGGAUGCCAUGAAGAAGAUUCCGGAAAUCAACGCUACCAUCAUCGCAGCCAAUGAGAAGACGAAGCAGGCGGAGGGAGCCCUGGGUAAUGCCGCCACGGACGCUAAGAUGGCCAAGUCCAAGGCUGAGGAGGCAGAGAAGAUUGCCAGUGCUGUGCAGAAGGAUUCAGCUAAGACCAAGGCGGAUGCUGAAAAGGCUUUUGAGGAGACUGUUAAGCUGGACAAGGAAGUGACGGGAAUGAUGGACCAGCUGAGCGCCGCAGAGAAGGAGCUGGCUAAGAAAAAGGCAGAGGCCGACAACGACAUGAUGAUGGCCAACAUGGCCUCGGACAACGCCAAGGAAGCCGAGGACAACGCUCGCAAAGCCAAGGGUGCCGUCAGGACAGUGUUGAACACCAUCAAUGACCUGCUUAAGCAACUCGGCAACAUUGACAAAGUGGAUCUGAGCAAACUGGCUCAAAUCGACGGCUCACUGAAGCAGGCUAAGGACAAGAUGGCCAACAGCGAGCUGGACCGCAAGCUGAGGGAGCUGAAUGACGUGGCCAAGACUCAGGAGGAGAUGAUCACAGACUACGAUCGGCAAAUCCGGGAGAUCCGCGCAGACAUCGCCAACCUCAACGACAUCAAGAACACGUUACCCGAGGGCUGCUUCAACACGCCGUCUCUAGAGCAGCCUUAACCCUCCAAUUCGUCCCACCAAGCCCACAUUUCCACCUUCCGUCUCUCCUGUACCACUCCUUCCCACAUCUAACGCUCGGGCCAAUAUGCCACCUUUUUACCAAAACAUGUUUCUGUUUUUUUUUUUGGGGGGGGGAGCUCAUUUAAAUCCAAGUUUUUAAGGAAAAAAAUGUUUUACAUGCAAUAGCGUGAAACGAACUAAGGGAGGUUCACAAAACACAUCCAGUCUCCUUAGGUGCAGCUGAUUAGGAGAGGUGGCUUCUUCUAAGAUAAUGGAAAAAAAACCCACAUGACUGCACCACCUCCAGACUGGUCCUACACUUUGUCAUAGAGGAAGUUUUCUCACUAUCUUCUUCCAAACCACCCUAACAGAAAACAACAAAUGUCCUCAACCUCAAGGAGGGGGGGGGGUCUACUGUGUAUCAUUCAUUGUUGUCGUUUUUUUUUUAACUUUAUAUGAUAUCAAACAAGUUAUCUACCCAUUGUUCUAGACAGAAUGGCUUGUCAGGACUGGUUUGUCUGUGAGAUUUCAUUUUUUUUAUGUAAGUAUUGUGCAACUUCCAAUACACACUGUACAUCUAUCUAUGGUGUUACCAACCAUUUGUUUUUCAAAACACAGUGAAGGAAUCUACUAUGUAAUUUGCCUUAACUCUCUCCCAAAGCUACAUGUGCGCAUUAACAACGGAGAAGGUUUUCAACACUACAAAUGUAUUUCACAGUAUUCAACACGACACAUAUUUUACUUGUUUCACCUACAGCUGAAAAGCUGUGAUGUGUAACCAGUAGAUUACGAAAAAAUGGCUAUGAUACUUUGACGUUUGAGAUGGGCUUCUUCUGUCCCCAAUGAAACAUCAUGGUUGAAUAUCAUUUCAUGUACUUAUAAUAACACUGCAAAUCAUGUUUUUGUCAUUGUUUUUUUCUCCCGGAACUGCUGCUUAUUACAGGUGUACUGCAAAUCUGACAUUAACAUUAAGGCAAAAUUCAACACUAUGCAACUUUGUACAUUUGCGUAGCAAGACUUUAUCUGAUACACUGGUGCUAAUAAUUAUUUCAAAUGUUAUAUUUUUGUGUGAAUGUUUUUUAUGAUAGAGUGAGGAAUUUGUUUGUGUAAAUAUAUGCUAAAAUGAUUCAGAAUUGGCUGAUUUUUUUAACGCAAGACCCAACAGCCACCUAGUAUAGGUUCUGUCACAAAAUAAAUCAACUGAAACCUCCACAUAAUAUAUAAAUAUAUAUGAUAACUUCUGUGGUAUAAUAUGCUUGCUUGUAUACAUGGCUCAGUGUUGUUGCCUCAUAGCUCUGCCAUUGUUUCAAUUUGUGUUUGAUUUUCCAUGGGGUGGUCACAAAUUUAUAGAAAAACUAUUUGCUUCUUUGUUUGUGACAAGAACCUUUUUACCCUCGACUGACACUAUCAGGACUUGCCUACUAUAUGUUGUAAGGACAGUGUUUUACAAACUGUCUCUCCACUACGCCUAACGUUUCAUAUUUACUGAUUUAUACGCUUGACUCGCUUGAAGAAAAUAAGCUUGGUCACAAGUUGCUAGUUAACCAUUUUAAUUAGUGUUUUGUGCCUUAAUCUGUUUGGAAUAUUCACAUCACUUAGUCCUAAAUGAGGGCGUCAUGUUUAUUGCACACCUUUCAUACUUGUCCUUUCACAUACAUGGUGUCUUCACAUUUCAAGUAGAGAAGCAGGGAUUUCGUCCAAUGGGUCAUUAAACUCUAAAACAUCUCUCCUGACAACUGAAUCUAUUUUUUAAUUAUAUUUAAAGUGUAACUAAACUCCAAAAAAGUAUUUGGGUUAAAUCCUUAUGUUUAAUACUUACACUUAAACUCAUCAAUCCUGGUCUUGGUUCCAAAAAUCAUGGUAAAGGUUUUGUUAAAUGCCCCAAGUGGUCAAAAACAUUUGAAGAUAUUUGAGUGCCUUUUCAAAGUAAUUUCUCAUGAAACAAUGUGGCCAUGUUCAUGCAACAUUGAUACCAUCACUUUGAGCAUUUUGGGAAGUCCCAAAUGGAAUAUCCAUAAAUAUUCCCUCAACUACAGUUUUUCACCAGUGUUUUUGUUUUUUAAGCUGAUAUCGUCGAGUUUAGUUACACUUUAAUCAAUCAUUUCAGCUACUUUAGUUUCUCCAAACUAUGUUUUAAAGUUUUUUCCAGGUUAUAUCGAUGUGGCAGGGACUAAAACCAACAUCAUUUUUUCCGUCUCUUCCCCCAUCCAAGUCAGCCACACUGCUGUGGAAAGAUGUGCAGCACAUACAACAGUUUUAUGUAUAAAAAAGUAUUUCUAAUUUAUAUUGUAUCAGUUAUUUGUAUUCCGAUGUCCUUACAUGAUACGUGUGUGUUGCACCAUCUUUUUGUGGUCCUUUGGUCAUGGAGGGUUUUUCCUCUUUCUUGGUCCUCUCUCAACAAUAGUAGGUGUCGUUUCAAUGCUAUACAAUCAAGAAAAAGGUGGAAUUUUAUUGAUAUGCCUGUGAAGACCUGACAGAUCCCUGCUUUGUUACCCAAUUGCCUGUAAAUCCAAUUGUAACAUUUGAAUAAUAAAAAAAAUAUUACAGGAAGUGUCUGUAUUCA